UUGUCAUCAGAGAUCAAGGUUGGUCGACUGGAGAGGUCGGCGUCUGCAGUUGCUGUAUCUCAUCAGAGAUCAAGGUUGCUGCUCAAGCUGCCAUCAACAGAACCAUGGAUUCAAAGGUGUGUCACAACAAUGUUGAGGUGGAUAAGCAACUGUAUCACGAACGUGACGAGAUGGACAAGAGGGUGCAGUGCGAGCGUGAUGACAUGGACAACAAGGUGAGGCAGGAACGUGCAGCCGUGGACAAGGUGAUGAAGCAGGAGCACGAGAAGAUGGUCCAGAAGUUCAAAAGUAUCCAUGAGCAGACGAAAAUGAAGUUGAAGUCAGAGCGUGAGGAGAUGGACCGGAAGGUGAUGGAAGAACGUGCAGCCACGGAUCAGGCGUUCAAGCAGGAGCAUGAGAAAUUGGAGAAACAGUUCAAGAAGAUCCGUAAGGACAUGAACCAGAAGUUGCAGCAGGACCGCGAUGACAUGGACCGCACUAUAGAGCUCGAACGAGCCAAGAUGGACUGCAAGAAUAUGCAGGCACGUGCGGACAUGGACCAGAAGUUGCGGCAAAAGCGAGAGGAGCUAGAAUCCAAGGCCGUGCUGGAGCAAGUCAACCAGGAAGCGAAGAUCAUGCAGGACCAUGCAAGGAUGGAUCGAAAGAUCCCUCCAACCGAACAAUCGGACUCAAAAUCCCGCCCGGGACUUGUAAUGGAUUUUAGUAUUUACAAGGACAGGGAACUUUCUGAUAUCCCAAAAGGAUACCUUGAAGGAAAACCUGGUUCGAUGAUAAUUAAUGAACCUGGUAAAGUGGAGUGGUAUCUGAUGGUGGAACAUUUAGCUCCUCACGAUUAUAGAGGACUAGCAGAUUUGUACUACAUAGAGCCUGGAUGCGUACCACCAAACGGAAUGGUCUUGAUCGAAGGUCCAGAGCAUGUAGAGCAAAUGAUGCAAGCUCUCAAAGGAAGGAAAAAAUGUGAUCUGUACAUUGUCAGGAAUGGUCCACCCUCAAUUGAUUGUUAUGGUUAUGAUGGCUAUUAUGACAGUGCUGAAGAAGAGGAUUCAUGGGGGGAGGCCAGUGAUAGGGGCGAGUGGGACACGGAGGAAGCUGGGUCAUCACCACAGAUGGAGCAACCUGAACUGAACACUCAUAAGAGGGCGUUGAACUUUAGCAGCGACGACGAUGACACGAGCACAUAAUCUCUACUCUCGUUUACAAAAACCUUAGUUCGGCCACUCUCUAUGGUUUCCUGUUUGAUCACUUUACCUUACGCAGUAAUCUCUACUCUUAUUUAUGUGAUUACAGAUGCUAUUUGGGUGUUAUUUGUAUUCUUAUUUUGAACAAAUGUGUGUGCCACUGGUUAAAUUUUACUAAAUUUUAUGAAGCUACUGGUUAAUAUCUA